CGUCUCCUCUCAUCUCGUCGGACCUUAGUCUCCUUGGGCCUUAGAACAGAAAUCGGAGUGGGGCAUGUGACUCUCCCGAAACCCUGGACCCACAGAGCCUGAAGAUCCCAGAAACCUUGGACCAUGGCAAGUUUGGAGCAUCCUGGGAACCCUGGCUGGACAGGACCCAUACACCAGUGCACACCAACAACCAGGCAAGACGUACUGCCCUCAGGCCCAGACCUCCCAUGUUCAGGACCAGAACAACACUUAGAAACCCAGGAAGGUCCUAGCUCCAACUCCAGCAUGACCACCAGGGAGCUACAGGAACACUGGCAGAAGGAGAAGAGCCGCUGGCGACACGUCAAGCUGCUCUUUGAGAUUGCUUCAGCCCGCAUCGAGGAGAGGAGAGUCUCCAAGUUUGUGAUGUAUCAGGUCGUGGUCGUCCAGACCGGGAGCUUCGACAGCGACAUGGCGGUGGUGGAGCGGCGCUACUCGGACUUCGAGAGGCUGCAGAAGGCCCUCCUGAAGCGCUUCGGACCGGAGCUGGAGGACGUGGCCUUCCCGCGGAAGCGCCUGACGGGGAACCUGUCGGCCGAGACCAUCUGCGAGCGCCGCCUGGAGCUGCGCGACUACCUGCGGCUGCUGUACGCCGUGCGCGCCGUGCGCCGCUCGCGCGAGUUCGCCGACUUCCUUACGCGGCCCGAGUUGCGCGAGGCCUUCGGCUGCCUGCGCGCCGGCCAGUACGCACGCGCGCUCGACCUGCUGGGCCGCGUGCUGCCGCUGCAGGAGAAGCUGACUGCGCACUGCCCGACCGCCGCCGUGCCCGCGCUCUGCGCCACGCUCGUCUGCCUGCGCGACCUGGAACGGCCAGCCGAGGCCUUCGCGGUGGGCGAGCGCGCGCUGCAGCGCCUGCGGGCCCGCGAGAGCCACCGCUACUACGCACCGCUGCUUGACGCCAUGGUGCGCUUGGCCUACGCGCUGGGCAAGGACUUCGCGUCGCUGCAGGGCAGGCUGGACGACAGCCAGCUCCGGAGUCCCACGCACAGGGGCUUCACCCUGAAGGAGCUCACGGUGCGAGAGUAUCUGUCCUGAGCCGGCCUGACUGGUGCCCUGGCAUCCAGACUGCGGACAAAGACCUGGGUCACUAUCGCUGGCGGGCUGCUUGGGGCCGUCGCGGGUGGGUUUUGCUGGGCAACUUUAGACAAGUCCCUCUUUACUAUGUCUGCCAAGCAGAAGGGCUCCUGUGAUCCCUGGAAGAGUCAUCUUGUAACCCCUUGGGUGCAAGGUUCUUUGAACCCUGAGCCCACAGGCUUAGCUGUCAAAACUUUGCAAGUACUGUGGGCCUUACCAUCUGGGAAUGGGAUGAACUGCCUUCCGCAGAGAAUGAGUUCAAGGCCAGCCUAGGCAAUUUGGUGAGACUGUCUGAAAAUACAGAGUUCUGAGGAUGUAGCUCAAUAGCCGAAUGCUUGCUGAACAUAUGAGACGCCUUCGUUUCAAUCCCCAAUACUACAAUAAAAGAAAAAGAAGCACUCGGUUCUUUUGUAAGCAGCCAGGGAAGGAGUUUGCGGGUUCGUCAUGUACAAACAUGCAAUGCAUAUUGCCAGAGCUCCUCCGUCUUGCUGCCCCACAUCUUCCCUCUGCACCCAUCACCCCAGCAUCAGUUGCAAGGCUUCCCACCCACUAGUUCAAAGUCCUAGCUCCUCCCAUCAGUGUCCUCUCAGUGAAGCAGAAGCCCAUCUACUGCUCCUCGGGGGAAACCUGUCCUCCAUCCCACUCCCAGAGUGAAGACCGGAGGAUUCUUUGAAGGGUAAAAGGAUGUUGGAGAAUCAGGUGUGGUAGUGCAAGGAGGGAGGCUGAGGCAGGAGAAUCACAAGUUUAAGACUAACUAGGCUUUAAAAAAAAAGUCUCAAAAGCAAAAGAAAGAGGAGGAAGGAAGGAAAGAAGGGAGAAAGGAAGAAAGAAAAGAGAAAAAAAUAUUGGCCCAGAAAGCUCCAUGAGAACAAGGCACUGUGGCACUGGUGGUGUUUGUAAAUGAAGUUGACAGUAGGGAUGUCCAAUUGCACUGCUCAGGGUGGCUUUUCACCCAUAAGGCAGCUGUGCCUUCAUCUGCUUUCUUGGGUUUUGUACACAUAGCGGGAAGGAAAUGGGAUGAGAUAAGGGAUGGGAUUUGGGGAAGCAAAGGAAUCCUUAGCAGCUCCCCGUCUGAGGAGUCCGUGCCCUUGGAACCUCUCUGAUAGGUUAGAGUGCUCUUGAUGAAACCUAGUAUCGGGAAAAGACAACCUCGGACCUCAUGGGACUAUUGAUCUGAGCUGAUGAAACAGUCUGGCUUGAAGCCUUAACCAGCUGCUGCAUUCAGAGUGAAUGAGCCAAGAGACCAAGGCACCACCCUUGUAUAGGAAGAGUUAGUUUUUCCAAGAGAGGCAUUCAUGAAACUGCACCCAAAUCUUGUUCAACAUCGACGUCUUAUGGCAACUACCAUAAUGGGCCCGUGAAGGCCUUUAGAAUGAAGCAGAGAGAAAGUCUUCCUUCAAGCAGUUUUUCCAGGAAGACACUGCAAGUGGGAAAUGGGCUUCUUCAAAAACUGGUCUUGGGGAAAAUUAAUGGACUCAGUGGCAAAAUAAAAGCUGUGUCUGUUUGUCCUGGUGAUUC